AUGACUCAAAGGCUGGACAGCUGUCCAACCGAAAUCCUACAAUUGAUUUUCAACAUCUUGUCGCCGACAGAUUACCGUUCACUUUGCCUGGUCAAUCACAAUCUUCGUGCCCAAGCGGAGCCCUUCUUGUACUCCCAGAUUCAAUGGGUGUGGCAGGAGGCUCAGACCCCUCCUCCAAUCAUCAAACUUCUCCGAUCGGUCACAGUGAGACCUCAUCUAGCAUCUUACAUCAAGUCCAUUUCCCUGGACGGCAAAUCCUUCUGCAAUGGUAUCUACAGCAAGAGGAUUCCCACUCUCGUGGACCUUGAGUCCGAGACGCAGAUUGAGGAGCUUACCGCAUUCGUCAGAAACACUCAUCUGCCGUAUGCUGACCGCUGGAUCAGAGACCUUGUGAAAGGCACCAUCGAUGCCUUUGUGGCGCUUCUUGUGGCACAAUCAUCAAACAUUCAAUCUCUAAGCCUGGGCCCCGCUUUUACUCAAAGGAGUGAGAUUAUUGGCAUGGUCCUCCGCACGGCUCUUUGUUCGUCCGUGGAAACCAAUCUGCCCACAUUCCCGCUCCUUGAAGAUGUCUCGUUUCAUCUUCGAUAUCGAGAAGAUCGAGCUCGGGGCAACAAAAUCAAGAACACGGCCGAUGUUUUGCCACUGUUCUAUCUUCCAGCCCUCAGACGCCUGUCAGUCUCGAUCGAAAGCUCGCCAGCAUUCUCAUGGCCGACGUUACAUCCUCCUUUAACGACGAAUUUGACCGAGCUUGAUUUGACACGCGUGCGUGAGAAUUGUCUCGGCGGUGUCCUGGCCGCCACGAAAAAUCUUCGCUCCCUGCGCUGGAAAUGGUAUUAUGAUUUUGGCCUCGACGACGAGGUGAACAAGCCCAUCAUUGAUCUUGAUCAGAUCGGAGCUGCUUUAUCCCAUGUCGGAGCAACACUCACGGACUUAUGCAUCGUGGCCGACUUUGAUAUAGGAGGAAACGAUCAAUGUCUUCCUGGGAUCAAGGCGGAAGGUUCCAUACACAAAAUUCUUAACUUGGUCAACGUGCGAAAAGUCCAAAUCCCAUGGGCCUUUCUCGUCGGGUUCGUGCAAGACACUUCCAAGCGGUUGACCGAGGUCAUUCCAAGAAACAUUGAAUAUCUCAUCAUCACAAACGAUUUGAGGCUGCAAAACUACGAUGGAAUGGAGCCGUCCUGGCCGGAGUGGGAUUGGACAGACGAAGCCAUCGUGGCCUUGCUAGAGUCUUGGCUACGGGGUUGGAAAGAAUGUAUGCCGAAUCUACGUGGUAUAUCGUUGGAGUGGAUGGAUGAAGGGUUUGAAGAAUGGGAUCCGCAUAUGAGGCAACGACUGAGGGAAGUGGGUGCUCAUUUCGGAGUCCCACUGGACCUCGUGGUAAUCAGAUCUGCAUACGCUGCGUAG